AUGGAAGAAUUUCUCUGUCAUGAUGAAACCUUCAAUUCCAUCCAGCUUUCCAUCCCUCUUGACAAUGAAAGACAAAUCUCAGUAGAUCCCCAAUCUCUAAACCUUCCAGCUUCUUCUUCCUCCACACCAUUAUGGAGCUCCAGAAAACAAAAGAACCAAAGCCAUACCAUUAUCUCCAUUUCCCAUCGCUUCUCUGCAGAGCUUCCAGAACUUGCAAAGCUCCACGCUCUCCAGCUUCGCAGAAGCAAGUCUUGUGGAGAUGGAAGAUCAUCUUCUCCUUCUGAUGAUUUCGAUAUCAUGUCGAAAAAGCCCACCAUUAAUCACCAGCAAUAUGGCGUUCAAGUUCUCUAUAAUGACUCAAGCAACAGCAGCUCUGAUGAAACCGACUUAGAACCCAAUCCAUCAGAAGAUGAAAGAUUUAAAUGUAGUGCACUGUGUUUGUUCUUCCCUGGUAUCUACAAGAAGAAAUCAGUGCUGCAAACAAAGACUGAUUCUCAUAAUAACAAUCUGGAAGCUGUAGAUAGAGGAAGCAAUCUUUCAAAAGUAGCUUCAUUUGAGAAAUUUGAGUGUGGUUCAUGGACUUCUACAGCUAAUUUAGAUCAUGAUGAGAGUGGACCGUUAUCAUACUUUGACCUGCCAUUGGAGCUUAUAAGAUGCAGUGCAAAUGAGAGCUGCUCACCAGUGAAAUCAGCAUUUGUGUUUGAUAAAGAUUUAAAGGGGGUUUUGAAGAAGAAUUCUGUGUCUAGAUUGGGGUCAAGGAAGUCUUGUGAAUCUAAUAACAGGCAUGUAAGGUUCUCAACUUCUUCUCCUACUUCAUAUCCUGCUUCACCUAAUUUAUCUCCUUGUAUUACACCAAGGUUGAUGAAGGCAAGGAAUGAGUUCAAUGCUCUUCUUGAAGCUACUAGCAAGGGGUGA